GGAAGAACUGAAGAGAAAACAAACUAUGAAAGUAUUGGUUAUUGGCCUUGGAGGUGUAACAAAUGGGGGGAAAACAACGCUGGCAGAAAAGCUUAAGAAAAUGCUUCCCAACUGUGAUAUAAUCUCUCAAGAUGACUUCUUUAAGCCAGAGUCUGAAGUAGAAACAGAUGAACGUGGAUUUAAGCUAUAUGAUGUACUUGAUGCCCUCUAUAUGGAUGAAAUGGUGAAAAGUAUUCGCAAUUGGAUUAAAAGCCCGGCAAGCUCAGGCGUUGUGACAGAAGAGCUGCAGAAUACAUGUGAUAAUCUGAAAAAUACAGAUGAUGUUUAUAUUUUGAUUGUUGAAGGCUUUCUGCUGUACAAUUAUGAGCCGCUUAAUGAACUAUGGAAUAGAAGAUACUUUCUGACCCUUCCUUAUGAAGAGUGCAAAAGGAGAAGGAGCACCAGAGUCUACCAGCCAGCAGAUACACCGGGGUACUUCGAUGGACACGUGUGGCCUAUGUAUCUGAAAUAUAAAAAUGAAUUGGAAGAGAAUGCAAUUAACGUUGUUUAUUUGGAUGGAACAAAAUCCCAAGAAGAGCUUUUACCCUGUGUGUACAGUGAUAUAAUACAGGAAUUAAAAAAGCUGGGGGAAAGAAAUCAGCAGGUCACAGCAUGAUAAUGUAGAAAGCCUGGGUUCCAUUUGUUACGAAUUGAAAACCCCAAGACUGUCAUACUUGGCAAGCCAACCAGCUGAGCAGAUGUUACGUGUACGUCCGUAAUACUAGUUCGUACAACACAAGUGGAUUUGUAGCGACUAUUAACUCUGUAAGCCUCAUAUAUUGUUGAGUAGUAUCAACAAUGUGUUGCUCUUUAGAAUUUCUUCAAUCAGUCAUGGUUUGGCUGAUCUGUAAAUCUGAUUGAAUGCGUACAUUUUAAAGAAUAUAAACCUAUUUUUGUGUACAAAACUAAACUAUAAAGAUGCAGUUCUGUUGGAUUAAUAAGCAUAUUUGAAUAUGGAUGAAUGCAAUUUGAAAUGUUCCUAUAGGAAUGACAGUGAUUACCUCUAUUUUUAUGAGCUUCUAAUCACUGGUAAACAUAGCUAGUUCCUCUAGCUAACCAUCUGCUGUGGCAAUAGUAAGUUUAAGAUUAUAUAAGCUGUUACACUGCUUAGUCAGUAACUGAAGCUGUUACUGAACACUUCAUAACUGAACUUACUUAGACUUGCUAAAUACCUCUGUGGUGUUUGUCAAGUGAUUUGUAUGUUGUGUAUUGUUUGGAGCAGUUGGGAAUGAAUAUUUAAAAAAACCCAAACAAACCUGAAGAGAAGUCAGAUUGUUGGAAAAAUAUGGGGGAAUAAGAUGUCGGAGAGAAUGCAGAUGCAUUGCUAACAAGAUUAAGUACAUGUGUUGUGCAAAGAUCGAUUAUCGGGAUAGCAUAGGCUACUAGACAAUAAAAGCAUGCUUCCGGGAGGAGGAAGGAAGAAAUAAUUCUUGUUAAUUUUCAUAGCUCAGGUUGAGAUUAUACUAAUUAAAGAGUUCAGAAAGCAGGUAUGCUAAAUCUAUGUUAAAACUUUGUUACAGGAUUUCUGUGUAUAUAUAUUUAGAUAAACUAGGAAACUGGGAAGUUGAAUUGUCUUUGGUUGCUGAAUAAGUAAUGUAUUAACUCUUACAUCUUCUACACAGUCUCUUACAUUUUUAUCAGCCAGAAUAAAAAUCAAACUACAGACAUGAAAAGCAAAGGAUGGACUAUAUUACUUACUAUGUGUGAGCUGAACUGAUCAUGGUGAUUGAAAUUUAAUGCUUUACUGUUAACAGUGUUAAGAGUCCUAAACCUGUAUAUAAGAAAUGGGUCUUAAACAGAUUAGAGACGUGUAAAGCUGUGUUUAAGACAAAGUAAUUCCAAGUACUAUUUUGUAUUAUUAUUUUGCAGUAAAAAUACUGCAAGUUGCAUUUGCUCAAAUGCAGUGAUGGACUGUCU